UUUUUGCGCGAGGAGCGACUUCAUUUCUUCUUGCAAGAAAAGACGAGGCUAGGACGGCAUGGCGACUAGGACCAUCGCCGAGGCAUACGACAAGGAGGCCAGGGGCGCCGACCUCCAGGAGAGCCUGGCCAAGAUCCGGCACCACACGGGCUCGAAGCUGCCCAACCAGCGAGCGCCUGCACAGCUCCUCGUGGCCAUUGAGUCGACGCUCGCCGAGGAGGAUGGCCAAGGUGCCGGUGCCAGCACGUCCCAAGGGGCGCAAUCGUCCAAGGCCAGCCCCACGGAGUACUUCAUGGCGCUCGAGGCGACUCUGAAGCGGGCCGCCGAGACGACGUCGUCCUCUGCCGGCGAUGCCGGCUCGCUGCUGUCUUCGACAAUGUACCUUCUCACCCUCGUCACGCCGCAGGUCUCUCCAGGCGUGCUUAGGUCACAACUCUCCAACCUGCUCGAGCCACUCGGCGCGGUCCUGGCCGAAGCCUCGGCGGCCUCUGCUAGCUCCGAGGGCCACGCUGCCCUCGUCCGGUCUACCCUGGGCGUUCUCGAGCCCCUCUUUGUCGCCCUCAAGUCUGAUCGUGCGACCCUGGACAGAAAUCUGCAGCUCCGUGGCUGCUGGAACUCGGUGCUUGGUCUGUGCAUGGACGCCCGCCCCAAGGUCCGGAGGAGAGCCCACGACCUCGUCAACCAGGUUCUCCAGCCCGCGUCUGGCGAUGCCAAGCCGCAUCCCUACGCCGCAAAGACGGCUGAAUGGGCCAUCUCAGCCCUGGAGCAGGUGGCUUCAUCGUCUAGCGGAGGCUCCCGCAAGGCCGACAAGUCACAUGCGCCCGUGUACGAUAAGAAGACUGGGAGGGCAAAGGAGCCAGAGGCAGCCGCGGCCCUUCGUCAGAAGCAGGCCGAUGGCGGAGCCAAUGCCGGCAUCUGGGUCUGUGGAUUCCUCAAGAGCCUGGCAUCUACACUGCCUGCCAAGUCGAUCGCCCCUCUGUCGAGCAACUUGAUCCGGCUCGUUGGCCAGCAGAACCCUUUCCUCACCACCGCAGCGUUUGAGGUCUUUGAGAGCCUCUUCCGGACCUCGCGGCCCGUCGACAGCGCCACUGCCACGACGACCUCGUUCCCGCUCUCUGCCACGCUCACUACCAAUGAAGGACAGAAGCUCGUCGAGGGCGGGACACUGGAUGCGACGCUCGACGCCCUGUGCUCGCCCGCCGUCGCACCCUCGGCAGGCGAUGCGCAGCUCAUUCCUGCGUAUCUCGGUGCACUGGAAAACGCAAUGGUGGCUGCCUCUCGCAACUCGUCGAAAUGCUGGGCCCGUGUGCCCAAGAUCUGGAACGACGUCCUUUCACUGGCCCUCUCGAACAAGUCAAAGGCCAGCAGGGACUCGCACCAGGUCCGGGUUGCAGGCAGGGAUGCUCUCUGUGCCCUCGUUCGCUACUGCAUCCCUGACGCCGCCAUUGACGAGGCCCUCGAGACGCAGGACGGCGACCUCCUGAACCUCGUCGAGUCGCUCAGGGACAGCCUCGACAAGUCGGCACUGCGCUACUCGCACGCGCGGCCCGAGCUCCUGUCGGUCGUCACUGCUCUUGUUCUCCGACUCCGCUAUCGCCCCAGUACCACUGCUGGCUCGCGGUCGGAGCCCGCAGCUUGCCUGCUGGCGCUUCCUCUGGUCCAGAUUGUGGCCGAGCUUCGAGCGCAGCCCAAGUUCGAGCACCGUGAGCACGCCGAUGGCGUCAUCGGGGCUGCUGUCGAGGUCUGUGGUCCUGCCACUGUCCUCGAGAUUCUGCCGUUGGGCCUGCUGGGCGAAAACGGCAAGGAGGGCGGUCGUGCAUGGUUGCUGCCCCUGAUGCGCACGAGGAUCACCAACACGCAGCUCAAGCACUUUGUCUCGAGCAUGGUCCCCCUCUCCGAGUCUCUCUUUGAGCGACGCGCCCAGGCCGAACAGGCGUCAAAGGCCAUCGAGGCAAAGGUCUUUGAAGCGCUCACUGAGCAGGUCUGGGCCCUCUUCCCCGGCUACUGCGACCUGCCCACGGACCUGGCCGAAGCUUUUGACAAGAAAUUCCUCGAGCUUCUCGCCAACGUCCUCUACUCGCAACCCGCCCUUCGACCAAGCAUCUGCCGCGGGCUCCAGCUCCUCGUUGACCGCAACGAGUCGCUGGCCAGCUCCGCUGCUCCCACGGCCGUCCUCGUCCAGUCGUUUGGCCUGACGAGCGAGCAAGGAAAGGCGAACCUGAAGCAGCUCUCGACGAUUGCCUCGAGUCUCCUCGCUGUGCUCUUCAACGUCUUUUCCCAGUCGCCCUCGGAGAGCCGGGGCUACAUCCUCGAUUGCCUCGUCGCCUACCUCAGGGUCAUGUCGGCCCAGGACAUUUCCAAGACGUACCAAAAGGUCGUCACCAUGCUCGACCAGUCGCUGCCUACGCUGGCACCAGCCCGGGACCGCGACACGGGUCCAGGUGCUAUUCCACCCGUACCACUGACGAUGCUCGACCUGCUCGGCUCACUCGUGCCAUUCCUGGGCGAGACGGAAGCGUUGCAGCUCUUUGAAAGGGCCUGCCAGGACAACAUCCUCCGUAGCGCCGAGGCUGGUAUCCAGAAGAAGGCAUACAAGCUGCUUACGAAGCUCAUGGAGGGCAAGCACGGCCGUACCGUUCUCCGCGUGGACCAGCCGGGCGAGGACCGGGUUGGCGAGACGCUCACGAGGCUCAAAGACAGCUCAAAGGCUGUGGCGUCGGGGGCCAAAAAGGAUCGCGUGGGCCUCUUUGCGGCCCUUGUUCCACUCAUCCCUCCUACCGAACUGCACCACCUCCCCUCCAUCAUUCCCGAAGCGGUCCUGGCAACAAAGGAGGCCAACCAGGGAGCGAGGGAGCUGGCGUACGAGCUCCUCGUCGGAAUGGCCCACAAGAUGCUCGGUGGCGGUGCCAUCAAGCGGGACCUCAUCGACGGUGCUGCCGACGGCGACGAGGAGAUGCACGUCGUGUCCGCCAGUCUCAACGAGUAUGUGACCAUGGUCGCCGCUGGUCUCGCCAGCUCGUCUCCGCACAUGAUCAGCGCCACCAUCACCUCGCUCGCCCGGCUCGUGUACGAGUUCCACACCGAGCUGCCCCGGGAGACGCUGACGGAGAUCCUGGCGACGCUCCAGGAGUUCCUGCGCAGCUCCAACCGCGAGAUUGUCAAGAGCACCCUGGGCUUUGUCAAGGUCACGACAGUCAGCCUGAGCAGCGACCUCGUCGACGAGCACCUCAACACCAUCGUCCCUGCACUGCUGAGCUCCAGCGCCGAGCACGGACAGCACUUCAAGACAAAAACGCGGCACAUCUUUGAGCGCCUCUUGCGGCGUUUUGGCUACGAGCGCAUCCUGUCGCUGACUGACGAAGACAACCGUAAGCUCAUCAACAACAUCAAGAAGCGCAAGGACCGGGCCAAGCGAAAGAAGGCUGCACGCGACGAGGGCGACGAGGGCGCCGAGGACGAGGCGGCGACGGGAGCGGGCCAGCGCAGCCUCAAGAACGUGGGCGCAGACGCCUUUGAGGAGGCCAUCUACGGCAGCGGAUCCGACAUCUCGGACUCGGACGAGGAGGAGGAGGCCGGUGGACGAUCCAGGGGAAAGGCAGCCGCCCAGCAAAGCAGGCGAGAGCAGCGGCGUAAAAAGGGCCAGGAGUACAUCGUCGAGGACGACGACGAGCCCAUGGACCUGCUCGAUCGCUCGGCCGCGGCAGGCGGGCGGAUCACGAGGGAGCACAACGUGGCAAAGGAGCAGAAGAAGCGAAAGGACCUUGGCUCUCGCUUCACCCUCGACGAGGAGACUGGCCGCAUGAUGAUUGACGACCCAGAGGCACCGUCGGCGGGCGCAGCAGCGCUCGACGAUGCCGAUGUGGAUGGCGCUGGACGCGCAUACAUGGACCGCGAGAGGGGCACGCACGGCUUCACCCAGCGCGACGGCGUGAUUCGGCUCAACAAGAACAACAAACGCAACCGAGAGGCCGAUGCCGAGAUGGAAGAGGAGCAAAUGGCAGCUGAAGAGGCAGCGGCCGCACAGGAGCAGCAGCAGCAGCAAGAAGAGACGGCAGCACUGGCGGCGGCAGCAGCAGCAGCACAGAAGAAGGCACAAAAGUCCAAGCCCGCCAAGCAGCGCGUUGGGCAGGAGUUCAAGGCCAAAAAGGCUGGGGGCGAUGUGACAAAGGGCGGGCAGAGCCCCUUUGCAUAUGUGCCGCUGGGCCAGAUUGGCGGAAAGAAGGGCAAGGCGGGUGGCCAACACAAGAUGAAUAUCCUGGCAAAGGACAAGAAGAGAAGAAGGACGUAGUACCAUUCUACCUACUUACUGCACUGUACCUGAGGCUUCUUCUGGUUCACGGAAUAAUUCAUGAUGGGAUAACGAAAGACCGCGUGGUUCGGCCCUGAUCCAUGACGUCGAAAGCCCGACGACGCCCACAUGUGGAUUUGGGG